AGAGUAUAGUGAGUAGAGUGAGAAGAUCAAGAUUCAAGAGUGAGAUCGAUGGGACAUCGUUGCUGCAGCAAACAGAAGAUCAAAAGAGGUCUCUGGUCUCCUGAAGAAGAUGACAAGCUCGUCAAAUUUAUUUCCACUCAUGGCCACAAAAGUUGGAGUUCUGUUCCUAAACUUGCAGGGUUGCAGAGAUGUGGGAAAAGUUGCAGAUUAAGAUGGAUAAACUAUUUGAGACCUGACCUCAAAAGAGGUUCUUUCACUGCCGAUGAAGAACAAACCAUUAUUGACGUUCAUAGGAUUCUGGGAAAUAGAUGGGCUCAGAUAGAGCAUCUACCUGGGAGAACAGACAACGAGGUGAAGAAUUUCUGGAACUCAUGUAUUAAAAAACUCAUUUCUCAGGGCUUCGAUCCUCAAACUCACAAUCUUCUCUCUUCUCAUAGACGAUCCUCUCUUCCUGUUUCUGUUUCUUCUUCCUCUGCUACUAACAGUCAUAAACACCAAUGGUUCCAUCUUCAGACUGAUUCAUGA